UAUUUUGCUUUUAAGCAUGCGCAUCACGAAGCAACAAUGGCGGACACCUCGGAGCUCAAGCAUAUGGUCAUGAGCUUCAGGGUGUCUGAGCUACAAGUUUUACUCGGAUAUGCAGGUAGAAAUAAAACAGGUCGCAAGCAAGAAUUGCUGCAACGAGCAAUACAAUUGGUUCAAAAAGGAGCUUCAGUCCCCAUACAGAUCAAAAUACGAGAAUUGUACAAUCAAAUUUUUUCUUCAAGCAGACGGAAAGUUCCAGGACGAAAUGAGGAUGAAGGGUUACCAGGCGGGUAUAACAUAUUCGGUGGCCAUGGCUCAAGUGCCACUGACCGAGCAGAUAGCUGCAGAGAAAAGCCCAGUAUAAAAUCACCAGUCAAAUCAGAAGGUCCAAGAUACAGAGGUUCUCGGCCGAUGGACUACUCGACGGCACAGCGCAUGGUGGAGCCGCCUAGCACAAUGGGGAUUCCAGUACACCCAGAUGUGCGCCUAAAACAUCUCCCCUUUUACGACUGUAUUACAGAACUCAUGAAGCCCACAAGUCUUGUGCCAAGAGGGACAUCAAAGUUCCAGGAAACACAUUUCAAUUUUCAUUUAACACCACAGCAGGCACAAGAUAUAGCCAUGUCCAGGGAUUUCAGACCAGGUGCUAAAUAUGAAUUUAUAACACAAAUACAACUCAGGUUUAGUCUUUUAGAAACAACCUGUGAACAGGACGAUAACUUCCCACCCAACAUUUGUGUGCGAAUUAACGGUAAAAUGGCACCAUUGCCGAAUCCCAUUCCAACCACCAAACCUGGUGUAGAGCCCAAGAGGCCGGGUAGGCCUGUGGAUAUCACACCACAGUGUCGACUCUCUCCAACUAUGGCAAACCAGGUGGAAAUAUCAUGGGCCACCGACUUUAACAGGGGCUACUGUGUUGCAAUAUAUUUGGUGAAGCGGCUAUCCUCUGACACAUUACUACAGCGACUGAAACAGUUUGGGAGUCGGCAUGCUGAUCACACGAGAGCUUUAAUUAAAGAAAAAUUGGCUCAUGACCAAGACAGUGAAAUAGCAACGACUAGUCUCCGUGUAUCCCUACUUUGUCCACUUGGGAAGAUGAGGAUAACGAUACCGAUACGGGCGAGUUCUUGUACACAUCUACAGACGUUUGAUGCCAUUACCUUUCUGAUGAUGAACGAGAAGAAACCCACGUGGAUGUGUCCUGUUUGUGAUAAAAUUGCACCUUUUCAUAAGCUAUUUAUUGAUGGAUUGUUUGUGGAAAUCCUAAAAGAAGCAACAGAUGACGAGAUUCAGUUUACGGAGGAUGGUAACUGGUGCCAUUUACAGCGGAUCAAAGAAACACAUGUGAUACCUAGUCCUAUCAUCAAAAAGCCUGCAGCUACUGUUGUGGCUGAUACUUCAGAAUCACCAACAAAACGACCAAAGAUGGAUGUGAUAGAUCUAACUGAGGACAGUUCAGAUGAAGAUGGUCCAUCAGGCUUCCAGUCCAGCUCUCAUGGUUAUCAGUCUACAGGGUGUGUUAGUCCGCCGGUCAUCAGUCUCGACUCCCCAACACCGGCCCCUUCCUCCAUCUCCUCUACAGAGUCACCACUGGUAUCAUCGCCCUGUUCCAAUUCGUCCUCCUACUCAGCCUCUACCUCCCCAUCAGCCUCCCCUGGGGCAUCGUCAAGCACUACACAACCCCUAUCUGCUCCAACCUCACCACUCAGACAUUCACCUUCACCAUCCCCAAUACACUCUCCCAGCUCACAGUCCAGUCACAGUGAGGCACCGUCAAGUCACAGUGAUCCACAGUCUCCUACGGACUCCCAGGAGUCCCCACACAGCUCUCCACGGUCAACACAUACCUCACCGCAGCAGUCACCCAUAGGGGUACGGGUGUCGCCCGUUACCCCACCCUCAUCAGCACCUUCCUUUCCCCCCUUCCAACCUUUCCAACCCCCCGUGCAUCCCAUGAACUAUCCACACUACCAACAAAUAUCAAACUUUGAUCCAGACUUUGACGAGUUCUUACGAGGUAUAGUUCCGUGGGACCAGUAUCGGUAGCCCCUAUUGUCUAGGAGGCCAUUGUUUUGUUAUUUGUUAUCAUGAUGGAAACAGUUAAUUGUUUGUACUAAAGCAGUUGAUAAAGAGCUGAGUCCUGUUUUAAAAGCUUGCUUUCACAACUCUUCUGGUACUUACCAUUAAGUGAUCCAUCAGCACACUGUUCAUAUUAUUUAAGUAUUUGUAAUUAUAUAAUGCAUGGAUCCAGAUCAAUUAGAAGUAUUUCUUUAAUGAAUAUUUAUAAUCUUGACCUGAUGUUUGAUUUUCACCACUCCAAUCCAAAUGAGAGAAAAAAAAUACAGAAAAGAAAUCAGAUUCAAAUAUUGAUUUUAAAUAUAUUAUGGAGAAAAGUUCUAUCGGAUUAAUUUAUCAAAUCUGUGUUUUUAAAAUGGGUUAAAGUGGAUUUGAUUUGUUUGAAGACUGUAUUGCAGCACUAUAUCUUCUAUCCCUCUGGUUGUUCUGGACCCAUACCUGUUGUUUGUGACACAGAAGUCGGUGCUUUUGAAUUGUCCGCACACAGUACAUUAAGACACACUUAAAAGAAUAACAGAAAGGCUCUUGAAAUAAUGAAAUCUUGGAUAAAUCACAGACUGAUUUAUUGGAUCAAUCCAAAUAUGUCUGUCUGUAGACAAACAUUGUAUACAUGUAAAUAUAUAAAUAUAUAUAUAUUGCGAUUCUCUUUAGAUAAUGGAUGCGAAUGAGUAUGAUUGUGAUGUUUUUAAGUAUGUAUUUUCAAAAGGUGAAUGACAAUUGAAGAAGCAAGAUUUUGAGGUAUGAUUGUUAUCCAUAUGUUAAAAAAUGUGAUCAGGUAUUUCAUAAUUUUAUUGUCAUAAAAAUGUAUUGGUUCCACAUCAAUCAUUAAUCACAGUCCAAAAUAACUGAUGGUUUGAAAGAAAGUUUUAAACCUGGAGCAGCAUUAUUUUAAUUGUAUGAUUUUUAAGUGUUUUAAAUAAUUUAUUUUAUAAAGAAGGAGGGAACAAUGAAUAGAUCAUCAUGCAUAAUAAUUGAUAACCAUAAUUGAUGUAGUUCUGUGUGUUAUUACAUCAUCAGUUAUACUCCUAUCAUCAGUCAAUUCCUUAGUCUCAAGCCUGUUGUCUCCAAGAAUAUAAAACAAACAUUCAAAUGUUAAUACACCAAUAAACAUUGUUUAGUAUUUAGUGUAGAUCCUAGUCAGGUCAAGAUAAUUCUAGUGGAUUACUUCAGAUAAAGAUAUUUGGAAGAUUUUAUGUUAGGUCCAGUGUUUGUAGACAAAAUCAACAGAGGGCAAAUUUUAUUUAUAAGGCCAAAGGAUGAAAAAAGGGAAAAAUUUCAUUCAUGUAUGGCAAAGAUUUCAAAUACAAAUGGUAUAUAUGAUAUAGAUACAUAUGAUAUAGAUACCAAUAAGUUACUAGACUCCAAUACAAUCAAUGUUGCUAACUAAUAGAAGGUUCUUCGUGAAUGGUUUAUGCAAUACGUUGUGUGUGUGACAUUUCAUUGCAAUGCCAAUUUUUGGUCCAGCACAGUAUUCACCAUGUUCCUAAGCAUAAUCCUGCAUGCAUGUAAGUCUGCUUCUCUGUCCUUCUCAUAACGUCCUGCAUGAAUUGAUGUAACCUAGUGUAAUCAACAAAUGUGUUGAGGAUCGACACUCAUAUAUAACUGUUUUGUUCAAAAAAAAUUGUGUCUGGGGUAAUAUCUAAAUAAUAUCCCACCACAAGUCUGUCUUGUGAUCAAUUUUCUUGUAUUUUGUGUGAUGUCUCAUUAACCAUAUUUAAAGAAUGUCUUCAAAAGUAAAAAAUAAACCAGCAAUACAGCCUCCCAUCAGACAGACAUCAUUACUAAGUGACUCAGGCUAAUUGAUUUGAAGGUGAUAAUACAUGUACAGUUUCUUUAAACCCUCGCAACAGUAUUACAUCUAGGUAGUAUAUCACCACACUGAAGCUUUCUCAUGAUCAUCGGUUUGUUUGCUUUCUUGAGAUAUUAACAUACAUUUUAAAAGUAAUAUCAUUCCUGAAUGUUUGAAUACGUAAUUUCUUGUGAUGUCUCUGUUUCUUUCUUCCAAAUUAUUUCAUUCUGUGUGCAAUUCUAUAUUGAAGAUAGCCUCACUACAGUAAAGCACAUGUAAUCUCUUUGUGACAAGGUCAAUAAGGGGAUAUAGCAUUCUAUUUGUAUGUAUGUACCCUUUUUGUAAUCACUCUAGCAACUUUAUUUUGCAGAAGAUUUUUUAUCCCGUUACUUAUGAUGGAACCUAUUUUUCAUGUUGCAUGGUGUCUGGUCAGUGUCACCAUUGCUAUUUACAGAUGUCUUCAUUGUCAUUUUACUGACAUCACUUCUGAAUUGUUCAUUAAUUAAAUUCUUACAAUCUAUUAAAUAUAAAAAUACUUUGACUAGAUUUGUGUUUCAGGGUGCCAAGGUAAAGGUCAAUACCCACAAGAAGUUUGUUUUUCAAUAUAUAUAAAAUCUUUGUUAUCCUUGCAACUCUGAAUCUUUCAGAAAACUUAAUGUUAAUACGGAUAAGAUCUUUAUAUUUGAAUUCAUCUUCUGAAAGUGAAGUGGCUAGAGUGGUAGAUAAGGAGGCACUGUGGAUGCCGAGUAUAGGCUCUCUAACAGGCUAGUGUGCACACAAGGGUGCUUGUAUUGUUUGUGUUGCCUUGUUGCUUCAGGAUCUACUUUUGUUACUAGCAUCUGCAGAGAUUCCAUACGAAAAUGUAGUGAAAUACAAAUGCUAAUUUAAAUUGUGUUAAUUGAUCGCCGACAUAUUUGAUAGGUACACCAGAAGCCGUGCAUUGGUAGGCUUUUCUUUUUCUUUGUGAUAAUUUUUCGAAUUGUUUGAAUACUAAGUUUUCAAGGGAAGUAAAAAUAAAUGCAUACAUAAUGAGUGUUUAAGGUAGCAUAUAUACUUAAGGUGAUCAGGCUUCGAGAAACUUUUCUCGACUUGAUCCAGAAAGUCUAUCAGGCUUCGAGAAACUUUCCUUGACUUGAUCCAGAAAGUCUAUCAGGAUUCGAGAAACUUUCCUUGACUUGAUCCAGAAAGUCUAUCAGGCUUCGAGAAACUUUCCUCGACUUGAUCCAGAAAGUCUAUCAGGCUUCGAGAAACUUUCCUUGACUUGAUCCAGAAAGUCUAUCAGGCUUCGAGAAACUAUCCUCGACUUGAUCCAGAAAGUUGAUGUGUAAUGGCAGGAUGUGUUUUACAGGACUAGUUCAUACUAGUAUGUUUAACUAAUAUAUACUUACCUAAUUACGUCCACAUCUAACGUUUACUAGCAUUGUUGUAACAGAAACACAACUAUAAAUGGCUUAUUUGGUGCUGUAUAGACCUGUAUCAUGUCACCUGCUGUAUCCUGCAUACUUAUUUUAUACAUGAUGUAUUAUUCCAUAAGUUAUGUGUGGAUACUUAUUACAAGAGAUGUUACUAGUACUAAAAAGGAAACUCUGAUCGGACAGUGAAUUAAAGACAUACAAUAUCUUUACGUUAACUCAUUCAUCCCUGAAAACACAUUUGAACUAUUCCAAUUCAAAGGUUGGAAUAGUUCAUAAUGAAAUUUCAGGGGUGAAUGAGUUAAUGUGAUUGGCAGAUUCACAACUACCCAAGUAAGUUGUCAUGUUUGAAUUUUAUGUAAUUAAAACCACAAUGUGCAUACAUUAUCUCAUACAGUUUUCAAAACAUCCCAAAUAAGUACCAGUCUCUCUUGUUCUACUGUCCACAAGGGAAAUUCGUAGGUAUUUGACAGGCUGGUAACGGCCACUAUCCUGUUCCCUUUAAGCUCUGUUGAAGGGAAUAAAUAGUUCUAAAACUCACUCAUUGUUAGAAAGUUUGUGACGGUAACAUGAUUUGGUUUAGCAAGUUUUGCAUGUGUAUUUGAGUUGGUGGGUUAAUUCAAGCAUGAGAAUGUUGGCCCCCAAUGUUGUCUGCUUUGUACUAACUCAGUGCUGUCUGUGUGCUCUUAUGUAAGGUUAACUUUGGGAAGUAAAUAGGCGCUGGUCAAAUCACAGUCAUAUUUAGCAUGGUAUAUUAAUGCACCUCAUCCUAAUUUAAAAAAAUCAUUUUAUGUCAUGCAGUCAUUUCAUCAAUACCAUUUCUUUCAUUUUUGUGUGCUGCUUUUCCUCAUAAGUUUGAAUGGAUGUUUCCCCCCACACCCCUCCCCAAAGAAAAUCAAACUUCUAUAUAACGAAAUAGAGUAAAUUAAUGUUGGAUGCUUUAAACCAGUCAUAAGUCAUUAUGUAUGUAAGAUAUACCUUUAAACAAAUUCACAAAUCUCAUUCAGGUCUUCAGAGACUUUCAAUUGUGCCUUCAAUUUCAUUGAAUUUUUCGGAGAAAGAAUUGGUGUGAAGUUUAUUGUGAAAUUAAUCUUUUUAGUUGAUUUGUAGUUUCAUCAUUAUUUCUAUACAAAGGCAAUAAAUUUGAUUGUUUAAAUGUUACACAAUAAACAUUGCAAAUUCAAAUUUAAACAGGAGGAUGUAAAAGCUGUAUCUGAACAGAAUAAAUAACGAAUGAUCCGGACAUGAUUGUCUGUUUUAGUAGGAUUUUUUUUUAUUGAUUUCCAUUUUAUUGACAACACAAGUUGAUCAGGAUAUUAAAUGAAAAAAAGAUAUGAUAGGUACCGACUGUUACAGUAGUGUUUGUGUCUGUGACGUAUGUUUGAGAGCCUGUAAUGGAGUCAAGCCCUAUAUAUUUGACCCAAUAAACAUUUUCUUGUUUUUUAACUUUAAUUUGGAACAUUGAUAAAAUUCUCAUAAUUUUGCAAACUGUGAAUACGUUUCAUUUGUACUCGACCGUUUGUAGUAUGUUUGAGAGAGAGGGGAAGUACACACUAUGCUAUGGUUUGAAUGAGGUUAGACAUUAUUAUUUGCAACGUACUUCUUGGGUUUGCUAUGUUGGAUAGAUCAAGGGGAAAAUCUCAUACAUGUAAAAUUGUGUAUAACUGAUGUAAAAAUAAGAUAUUGUCAUUAAAGUUUGUUAUGAAUAUGAA